AUGGGAUAUUUACUAAUAUUUUCCAUCUGCUUGGCUUUACUGCUGGCAUCGUUAUCACUGUACCGCUACGGCUGUAUCCAGCGACAGCAUCCAGUUGUGACUUUCUCUGUGCUAACGGCGUGGAGUUUUUCCUUUCUGAUAGUUUUUACAAUUCCGUUAGAUGUAACUUCGACUGUAUAUCGGCAGUGUCUACAAGAGCAUAACAUAACGAGCAAUGGAUCGAACAACAAUAAUCCCGAUGCAAUCUGUCAACGACCGUGGGGAAUGGUGGAAGAGAGUGUUUUCCCGAACCUAUGGCGUAUCAUCUAUUGGUCCUCACAAUUUCUCACGUGGCUAAUCAUGCCACUGAUGCAGUCUUACCUCAAAGCAGGAGACUUUACGAUCAAGGGUAAACUACGUUCAGCCCUGGUCGAUAACGCUAUCUAUUAUGGAACAUAUCUGUUUAUCUGCGGCAUACUAUUGAUCUAUCUGGCAGUGCAACCAGGCAUCUCACUGGACUGGCAAAAACUAAAAGCAAUCGCGUCAUCCGCCUCCAAUACGUGGGGUCUAUUCCUACUCGUAUUGCUGCUCGGUUACGCUCUGGUCGAAGUGCCACGUAGUCUGUGGAACAACUCGAAACCGGGUUUUGCUCUGCAGUAUGCCUACUUUAAGCUUUCAAAGUUAAGCUCUGAAAAGGCGGAAGCUGAAGAGAACGUAGAUGAUGUGCUGGAGAGUUUACAAUCCGCGAAUCGAGCCGUCCCCGCGCGACACGUUUUACGGCCAGCAUUGGAAACCAUUAUUCGCAAAGUACCGACGGAGCUUAUGGAGCGUGCGAAUCGUAUUACACGAGAAGAUGCAUCACCGAUGGCGGUACCAUCGGAAAAAGCACUCGUGCGCUUGCAUCGCCAGGUGAUAAAAUCACUUCAAACACUCCAACGUACCGAAGCGCUAUGGAGCGUUCAAGUUGGCAGAGUUAUGCACUUGGAAGAUGUUGCGAUACAGGCUUUGUCGUUGCAUCAUAAGUUUGUUAGCAGUUUUCCGAAGCAGCGCAGUGGACUGGCCCGUUUUCUGUACAGCCCACAACUCGAGUGGUACUGGGAGUGCGUUAUAAAGGCACCCUUUCUGAAGGUGCUAGCUAUUAUUACUGCUUUUCUUUCGUUUACUGUCGUCUGGAGUGAGCUAACAUUUUUUAAUCGCAAACCCGUACUUUCUAUUUUUGCCAACAUAUUAAUUGCUGCUAAGGGCAGCUAUGAUUUUGUUACGAUCGAGCUAUUCUCAAUGCUUACUCUUUGCUACCUUUGCUACUGUGCAUACUCCACUGUGUUUCGCAUUAAGUUUCUAAAUCUCUACUAUCUGGCAGCUCACCAUCAAACGAAUGAAUACAGCUUAAUCUUUAGCGGAAUGCUCCUUUGCCGACUCACACCUCCGAUGUGUUUAAACUUUCUCGGUAUGAUCCACAUGGAUUCUCACAUUAUUAAAGAGAGAGUGCUAGAAACGCACUAUACGCAAAUAAUGGGCCACAUGGACGUACUCGGAAUCAUUUCGGACGGAUUUAACAUCUACUUUCCAAUGGUAAUGCUAGCAUUCUGUUUGGCGACCUGGUUUUCACUCGGUAGCCGAGCGCUCAAUGCUUUCGGUUUCCAGCAAUUCAUGCUUAACGAAACGAUAGCCUUCGAGCUUGUCGCAGAAGGAAAGGAUCUGAUUGCGCGCGAGAAGCGCAAACGGCAGCGUGCUGAAGAUGCGUUAGUUCGGAGACGGGAUAAUAUUCUAGGGCAGAUGACUAGAGAUGGAGGAGCCCAAGCUAGCAAUGCUGCGAAUGUUGGCGUUACCAAUGGGUCCGGCAGCCCAGGAAGUAUGCUAUCGAAAAAUAAAACCCAAAAGCUCAACACGAUGGGACCGAACGAUGAUCUUGUCGGACAUAGCGAUCGCCUGGAUUAUAGUACCGUAACGGGAAUGCGUGGUAUGGAUGACCUCAGCAUGUCGUUGUCGAAUGAAAUCAAUGAAAGGUUUGGAGUGAGUACAGGCGUUGCAGUUGGAUUUAAAGGGUACGGAACAGCAUACGAUGAUGAACAUCAUAAAAAUCGCACGACAGGCGGAGGACGAACUGGUCCUAAAGGACUGUUCGACGAUGUUUAAACUGGUUCAUUUGAUAUUGGUUGAUUGCUGUGAAGUUUUAUGAAGUAUUCCUAGUUGCUCUCGUUUCUUAAGUUUUUCCUCGCGGUGAUACAUUUAUGAAUAACAGCUCAUAGUAGGAAAAGGUCAUUACUCUUCGCUACCGGUAACUAUCCUGUUCGCUAUGUAAAAUGGCAACCUCAAUAAUUAUUUUAGCAACAAGUGUUUCAAGUUUCAACAGCACGAAAUCUAUUGAUGCACUAAUCUAAAAUAAACACUCCACUGAUCAUGAAACACUCCACUGAUCAUAAUCGUAAAUGAGCGCUAACAAAUUGCUGCUUGCUUUUACCUUUGGAAUGUAAAAAUAGUGAUAUAAAAUUUACAGUUGGUAGCAAAGUAAAUAA